UCGACACCUAUUCUACAUGUUGAAUUCAUGCUAGAUGAUUUGAUGAUGGUCAUUCAAUAUGCAGAGUAUGCCAUACCACAACUGAUAGACAAACAUGUCUACCAAAAAAAUCCUCAGGCUGUCUGUCUUCUUUUGUGCUUGAAUGUCUCUUCAAAGAAUGCUUUGGCACUUAGACUAGACAGGAAGUCAGGCUCAGGAAUUGGUGCUGGAAAUACAAUGGUGGAGACUGAUCUGACAACAGAGUGA